GCCAGAACUCUCAGCUCGCCUGCCCCGCUGCACGCACGUGGUCAGGUGCACCCCGGCCAGGGCGCCCCAAGAUGCGGCCCCGCAGCCUGCGCCCCGCCGCCGCCCUGCUUCUGCUCCUGACGCUGGAGCCACAGCCUAGCGGCACCGCCUCGCUCAACGGCUCCAAGUGGACCUAUAUCGGUCCCCACGGGGAGAAAAGCUGGUCCAAGGAGUACCCCUCAUGUGGCGGCCUGCUCCAGUCCCCCAUCGACCUGCACAGUGACAUCCUGCAGUACAACGCCAGCCUCCGGCCCCUGCGGUUCCAAGACUACAACAUGUCCGCCAGCGAAUCCUUCCUCCUGACCAACGACGGCCACUCGGUGAGGCUGAACCUGCCCCAGAGUCUGCACCUCCACGGCCUCCCCUUCCGCUACAGCGCUGUCCAGCUGCACCUGCACUGGGGGAGCCCCAGUGACCCCCGCGGCGGCUCUGAGCACACCGUCAGCGGGAAGCACUUCGCCGCCGAGCUUCACAUUGUCUACUACAACUCGGAGCUGUACCCCAAUGCCAGCGUGGCCAUCGACAAGCCGGAGGGCCUGGCUGUCCUCGCUGUGCUCAUAGAGAUGGGUCCCUUCAACCCGCACUUUGACAAGAUCUUCAGUCACCUGCAGGAAGUCAAGUACGAAGGCCAGAACAAGUCCAUCCCAGGAUUCAGCCUAGAAGAACUCCUCCCGGAGAGGCCUCACGAGUUCUACCGCUACCACGGGUCCCUGACCACCCCGCCGUGCCACCCCACUGUGCUCUGGACCGUGUUCCGGAAUACGGUGAAGAUCUCUGGGGACCAGCUGCUGAAUCUGGAGACGGCUCUGUACUGCACAGGAAGGGAUGACCCAGCUCCCCAGGAAAUGGUUAACAACUUCCGGCGGGUCCAGAAAUUCGAUGAGCGCCUGGUGUAUGUCUCCUUCCAGCAAGUGCCAGGACUUACCUACGCAGGACUGAGUCUGGGCGUCAUCCUUUCCGUGGUCCUGGCUGGCGCCCUCGGCAUCUGUGUGGUCCUGGCAGUGUCCAUUUGGCUCUUCCGAAGGAAGAAGAGCAAAAAGGGUGACAGCGGCAAAGGAGUCAUUUACAAACCGGCCAUCAAGAAGGAGACCGAGGACCACGCCUAAGGCCCCAGCCUCUCCUUGAAUGGUUCAAAGGACGUUGCUUUGGGUGAUACACACCACACCGUGCUUCACCAGGCACUGAAACACCCAGGGGUCAUCUCUGGAUCUUAACCCUCAGACACCCCAGAAACUGGGGUGGAGUCUCUAUCUGGGUCCCCUGUCAUCUGAGGCCAUGGAUACCUCCAGUGUGGAAACCUUGACCCAAGAAAGGAGGGUGGGGGUGGCGCUCUGACCUGUCUGCUGCAUUAGGGUGAGGCCGUGGAGUAGGGGCUGGAAUUGUGGGAAACGUCACUCCCAGCUUGACUUGGGCUUAGUUCCUGGUGUCCUGGAGAGCUUGUUUCUUGCUCUGGUUUUGGGAACAGAUGUCCUCUCUGCCUGGGGUUUCCAAAAGAACCUUUCACCUGACUUUACUCUGGGGGGUGGGGGGUGGGGCGGGGGUUGGACCCAUACAUAAGGGCAAAGUGUUGAAAACAGAAGGUGGCAGGGAUAGCUGAGUAUUUGGGGAAUGUUUCCAACACCCCCUCCUUGAGAGCAGAGGCACUGAGCAGGCCUCAGAGGAUGAGGAGGUAGAUGAGGUAGGUCUUGGAGGAAUCUCACUUUGGAGUGCUAUUUUCGCCCUCCUGGGUUUCUGGUUUGUUUUUGUUUCGUUUUGUGCUGACCAGAGCAUCACACCACUCUGACUAUUGCUAGUGGUGGAAAUCCAACCCGAGACGUGUUAUGUGCACGUCUGAUGGGCUACACUCUGCUUGGAAGCACAAGCUGCUUGCUCAGGCCAAAGCCUGAGAAAGACAGAGUAUUCAGUCCAGACCCAACUCCCGUCACUAGGCACACGCGAGGUUUUGUAUCCUAUUGAUUUUGUAGAUAACUGGGUUUCCUCGCCUCUAGCUUAGAUGUGAGUUCUGGGGUGACCCAGAGGGCUUUGAAACCUAGAGGAAGUAGGCAAAGACACAGUGACAACUGUCUUCUUGCUCUGUCUUCCAUCUCUGUCUCCUCUGCCCUGUCCCCAUGGUUGAGCUGGAAAUGAGACUUCUCUUCCUCUGUGACACUGAGACUGUCGAGUUUGUCUCAGCUAUAGGGUUUAUUUACAAGCUAUCUAUCAAAGCCACCUGUGCAAGUGACUGGCUUAGGGACCAGUCGCAGAGGAACGUCACAAAGAUUCUUUCUCCCUGGUCACAAAGAUCUUUUCUGAGAGGAUGUAGCUCCUCCCUCAUUUUCUUGCCAUGGACGGGAGAGCCCAGGGAGACCAUUUGUCUUCCUAGCAGGGAAGAAGCCCCAGUACUGCCAAGCCCCCCAGGCGAGCCCCUCAGAGCCAAGGUGUCCUGAUUCUCUGCCUCAUUUGGACAAUGUGGAAUGUUCCCUGGAAACAUAGCUUUCUUGACGACACCUGCUUUCCUUCCACUCUGCUCUGAUUCUGAGAAUUUCUUUCCCUUCUCCUCCGUCACGAGGUGGCCUCCUGGCAUGCCUGGUGUUGAUCACACAGGAAAACUCCAGGCCUGCCUGGGGCCAUGUGAGACAGAUGAUGAUAUUUUCUUGCCAGUCAGAAACCAAUACACACUCCUUGGAGGCAUGGGGACCACCUUCCAGAAGAGCCCCUGCAGGUGAGGAGCUGUGUGAGGGAGCCAGGGCUCACUGGACAGGACACGAGGGCUGUGAUGGACCGGCAGGGACUGGUGGCCUUUCUUCUGCCUUCCUCCCCCCAGACAUAGCCCUGGCUCUCAGGCUUCCCGACCAAGACAGAACAAAUCCAGGAGGCAGGUCCCGUGUUCUGAGAAUUUUUUUUUUCCUCCAGCGUUGUUGCUGGGCCUCAGUGCCAGCACUAUAUGAAUCCACUGCUCCUGGUGGCCAUUUUCCCCCUUUUUUAUUGGAUGAGACAGAGAAAUUGAGAGGAGGGGGAAAUAGAGAGGGAGAAAAUAGAUACCUGCAGACCUGCUACUGCCUGACUCCCCCCCCAAUUCAGAUCUUAAACUCCCAGGUCUUAGAUGAACCCCAGGCCCCAAUGAUCCUGGUCUGCUGAGCACUUCCAUAUUUAUUGUCAGAAUGAUUGUAAUGACAGACACUGUAAAUAUGAGAAAUCAGGAAUAAAAUGUUUUUCACACCA